CCGCUUCUUAAUGCCCAGUUGCGCUGCGCCAACGCCUAACUGCGCACGCGCCGGCCGCAUCGUGACUCUCACGCAACGGCCACGUCGAAGUAUAAAUCGAAAAUCGAAUUUAAAAAAUACGGAAUUAAUUUUCGGUUUUGGUUCCGGGUUUUUAUAUAUAAUUUGAGUUUGAUUUUUAUUUUAUAUAAAACUUAUAAUUUGUAUAAAAAGUCACUGUGAUAUUCUAUGAAUUUUAAAACUAUUUUCUUAUAUGUAAAAAAGUGAAUUGAUAUUUUGUGUGAUUGAUUUUUUUGGAAUUUUAAUAGUGAGAGAAUAUAAUAUAGAAAUGUCGCAAAUACCGUUGGUGCGUAAGGCGAUAGUGGGGGCAGCGUUGGCCAAUGCAUCCACUUCGAGCAACCCCAAUCCUGAGGUGGGUGAUGAAGGCCAAGAAAAUAAUUGGACCCCAGCAGCUUUGGAAAGGGCUGGAUCUACUUUGAAAGCACUGAAUCGCAUGGCCAAACGACCACCGGUGCAUCUAGUGUUUGAGGAUAUUACGUACACAGUAAAUUCACAUAAAGGAGAACGCAAGAUUCUUCAUAAUGUCUCCGGGGAGUUUCGUUCUGGUGAACUUACCUGCAUUCUUGGUCCAUCUGGAGCGGGAAAAUCCACACUACUGAACAUUUUGGCUGGCUAUAAUUCAAAUGGAGUAAAAGGUAGAAUAACAGUGAACGGUCACACUCGUGAAAUGAAGCUGUUCAAGAAACUCAGUACUUACAUCAUGCAGGAGGAUCUCCUUCAACCAAGGUUGACAGUGCAAGAGUCCAUGAUAAUCGCAGCCAAUUUGAAGCUUGGCAAAGAACUGGGAAAGGCUGAGAAGGAACUAAUAGUAGAAGAAAUUCUUCAGACUCUUGGUUUAUGGACACACAAGGCGACUAUGACUGAAAAACUUUCAGGUGGUCAACUAAAGAGGCUGUCUGUUGCACUGGAGUUGGUCAAUAACCCACCUAUUAUCUUUUUGGAUGAGCCUACAACUGGUCUGGAUGUCGUCUCCAUUCGUCAGCUGGUGGUACUCCUUCGACUCCUGUCUCGUCAGGGCAGGACCAUUGUGUGCACAGUCCAUCAGCCAUCUGCCUCGCUCUUCACCCUCUUCGACAGAAUCUACGUAUUGGCUCGGGGAAUGUGUUGUUAUCAGGGUGCACCUCAGCUUCUAGUACCGUACAUGGCUGAAGCCGGCCACAUUUGCCCCAAAACCCACAACCCAGCAGACUUCGUACUGGAAACUCUGGUGACUGAUAUCGAAACAUCAGCUCCACUAUCAGAGUUGUGCCAGAAUGGAAAACUUUGCAGAAGACUGGACAGAAUGAUACCUAGAGGCCGAAAACCCGUACUGCAUUCAGAAGAGUCAAUACAGAGAAUAUUUACGGAGCACGUGGCGAAAGACCAGCUCUCCAAAGUUGAAUUCCCAACAUCGUUCUGGGCACAAUUUCUUAUACUGAGCAGGCGAAUGUUUAUACAGAACAGACGAAAUUCGGCCUCACUAUGGAUUCAAUUAACACAUCAUGUUUUAUCAGCUAUACUCCUGGGCAGUAUAUUCUUCAACGUGGGGAAUAACGCGGCGAACCCUGUAGUCAACUUCAAAUUCUGUCUAAGCUGCCUGGUCUUCUUCAUGUAUACCCAUACUAUGAUUCCUGUUCUCAUAUUUCCGUUCCAAGUACAGUUACUUCGACGAGAAUACUUUAACCGCUGGUAUAGCCUUAAAGCGUACUACGCGGCUUUAACAUUAGCCAGUGUUCCAAAUAUGAUAAUACUUGGAAUAUUUUUCUUGGUUAUUUCUUAUCUGAUGUCUGGUCAACUGCUGGAAUGGAACCGCUUCGUGUUGUUUUCCAUCAGUGCUUUGCUCAUAGCGACGUGUUCUGAAGGACUUGGAUUGGCUGUAGGAUCUGCUUUAAGCGUUACUAACGGCUCCAUAGUGGCUCCAGCAAUUGCAGCUCCUCUUCUCGCCUUAUCCUGCUACGGUAUGGGAUUCGGACCGUACAUCGAAGGCACAAUGAAAGCGCUCAUGUCCGUAUCAUUCCUGCGAUACGGCGUCACAGGACUAUCAAUAGCUCUUUACCAAAACAGACAGAAGAUGGAAUGUAACCAAGAAUUCUGUCUUUAUUCAGAACCUAAGUUAUUAAUACGAGAUCUAGGCAUGGAAGGGGAUACAUAUAUAAUUCAAGUUGUUGGUCUAAUAGGAUUCACUGUUAUACAUAGGUCAUUAGCGUACCUAGCUUUAAGGUAUCGAUUAACAAAUGAAUUUUCAAAUAAAUUCAUGUGUUAUGUUAGUAAAUUUUUGAAACAUAGAUAAUUAGGUAAAUUCGUUUGUACAUAUUAUUUAUAUGAACAAAGAAAUUUGUAUAAAUCUUUUGUAAGUGAUCUCGAUUAAUAAUGUCUUGCCAGAGUUUUGAGAUCGUAGUGGAGCGGAAAUUUUGACUAAUUUACGUAUGAUUUGUGGUCAAAUGUAAGAUGUUUUUGUGUUGUGUUUGUAGGAAUUAUAAAACUGCGAUCUUGCUGAUAAUUGAAUGAGGCAUUGAGGGUAAAAAUAUAUAAAUAUCCACUGAGUAUACCGAAGUUUGAUAUCAAGUGGAACUUCAAAAUCCGAGAAUUAAAUGAUUAUAAAAUUUAAUUAGACAGAACUUUGACUUUCUUAUCACUUUUAAUAGGUUGAUGAUUAACUAAAAAAAUAUGUGUUCUCACGCAAAUUAAUAUAGAAAAGCUCUACUUGUUUCGAGUCACAGUAAUUUCUCCAUAAAUUUGCGUGAGUAAACCGUGAUUUUUAGUUAAUUUAGUAUGUCUCACGAUAGUUAUUAUAAAAAAAGGUUGAUAAUUUCUAAAUUCUUAGCACAAAUCCUUUAAUUUUAUCGUUAGCCUUGCCUGAAGGUUGUAAAAUAGUGUUUAGUAACUUAUACCAUAAUUAAUACUGUAACAAAUUAUGUAUUGAGGUAUCUGUGAUAGUUAAUAUAAUAAUUGUGAUGCGAUAAUGACUUAAUAGAUAAUCAUAAUGAUAAUGAUAAUGUAAGAAUUGAAUGCCAAACCAUUUAUUACCUAUUUCCUGACUUGUCAUAUCCCAUUCUGUCAGCUAAUAAAAUUAUUGUAUAGAAUGGGAUUUUUCCUAAAACUAAAAUCAUACACUAAUAAAUACAUACAUAAAAAUAAUGUAUAAUAUAGAAGAAAAAUAAAAAUGUGAAUCGUAUUUUUUACCAAUGUAUUAAUAAUAAAAAAAAAAUCUACAAAAAAUAAAAUGAGAGUAGGUAGUAUUUUGUCCAUCGCACACAUUAAAUGAAUAGAAUUAUUUAUUUUUAAUAAUGUGUUAUGUAUUAAGCGACUGUGGUGGGGUUAUAAAAAUAAAUAAUUAUGUUUCCUGAA